AACAAGUUGGUGAUAUUGUGUACAAGAAAGUCCUCCUGUUUGUAGCGUAAAAUACUCUUGGUUCUGAAGAAAUUAUAUUUCUGAAAAGUUAAACAAAGCUUUACAAUGCUUCACGAAGGUGGAACAACAAGAAUAACGGAGGAAAUCGAUGAACUUAGGCGAAAACUUGCUUUAUUAGACGGUGAUAGGAAAGCUUACUAUGAAAGUUCACAAUGGACCAUGAAAAAGAARAAYGAGACCAUCGCAGAUCUCAGCAAAACCAACAAAGAAUUGAGACGUGACCUUGCUAAGAAAGAAGCUGGUGAUGAACAAGUCAUCAAUGAUGCUUUCAAGGCAAGAGAUCCUCAAAGACAUUGCGCCAUGCGUGGAAUGUCAGGAAGGGCUGCCAUAAAUAAGCUUGAUCAYCAAGUAUGUGAAAGRAUCAAGAAGCUCAAUGCACUAAAACACCAGAGAAACAUGAAAGAAAAGAAGCUUAGGGAYUUACAAACAGAAUAUGACCAAAUGGUUACAGAUGCAGAAGAAGCUGUCAAUACAGAUGCGGGAGAGUCUGAAGAUGCACAGAAAUUGAGAAUGGUUGAAAACAGCUUGGACAAAAUGAAUCUGAAGUUGAGUGAAGCGAAAAGAAUAAGGAAAACCUAUGACCAAAUCUUUGAUUGUCUAAAAGAGGAAUGUCUUUGUUGGCCAAAUAAACUUGACCAAAGGGAAGCAGAGCUGAAGGCAGCCAUGGAUGAGUUAGAUGAACUUAAAGCCAGCAACAAUGAUGCCCAACUUGCACGAGAAGCUGCUAAAGCAGAACUGACAAAACUUGAGCAGUCUGUUUAUGAAUCCAAGAAAGAGAGAGAGGCAGCAUUGGCUGAGUACAAGAAACAGGCAGAAGAAAAGAAAGAGCAGGCAGAAAAAGUAGAAAAAAGACUUCAAAGAUCAUCUUUGCAACAAGAUGAGCUAACUGAUCCCAAAGCCACCCUGUCAGGUGAGGAGCAAGAGCGUAAGAUCACUACAUAUGAAGAAGCCAUGAACAAAAUCAAAGAUGCAACUGGAGUAUCAGACAUUAAAGAAGUUGUACAGAGAUUCCUUGCACAAGGAGACACUCAGAAACACUUACUUCAGCUUAAAUCAGAUAAUGAGAAAAUGCUUGUAAGGCUUAAGGAAGAAAAGGAAAAAUUAAGAGUUGAUUAUGAAGAAAUGAAAUAUUCUGGAGAGGCACGCUUGUCAAGUGGACAGAGAAUGUUAGAAGAAUUCCAACAACGCCUUGAUGAGGAAACAGCCAAGUGCAGAGAGGCUGAACAACGUCAGAAACAUGCAAGUCGCACACUUGUCAAUGUCAAAGCUGGAAUUGAACACCUUGCUGAUAAACUACAACAUCUCAAAGCUCCAAAAGGUCAGGUGCCACAAGCACAAUUAUCACCAACUUCAGAUGAAUUUGUUCUGGAUCUUCUUGGCACAUGUGAACAAAAGCUCCUUAAGCUCAUGGAUGACCUGGGUGGAAAGGAUAUCUCAGAUAUUAUGAAAGAAAUGGAAGAUCUUGAGUUCCGUUCUACUAUGGAGAAUAAGUUGCCUCAGCACAAUACAAGAGUCAAGUUACCAGUUGUUACAGAACGUAUGACAGCUUAUGAAGAUGAUGAGGAGAGUGGAGAAGAUGAAGAUGUCCUGUCAAGAAAUGCAAUUAAAAGAUACUCCCAACAACUUGUGGACUCCAAGACCAAGAAACARAAAGCAAGAAAGUCAAAGAGAAAAUCAAAGCAGUAAAUAKGUAAUUUUUUCAAAAUGUUAACUCUGUACAAAGAUUACCUUACUUAAUAUUGUAAAAACCAUAGCACUUGUGACUUUCUUUAGAGUCUAUUAAGAAAGUUUGCAUAUACGUGGUCUUAUUAAUAAAAAUCAAUGUUUGAUAAAUUA